UUAAAAUGUGUGUAUCUGGUGUUGCUACGAUAUCUUAUUUAUUGAGAAUUUAAGUGUGAGGGGCAUUAAGUGCACAUUUAUAGCCAACUGAUAGUAAGUAGGAUGCUCGAUACUGCCGUCAGACAAAUAUAUAUAACGCGUUUCAAAGGCUUUUUAAAAGAUAAUACUGGCCUUCGUCAGAGACGUCUGAGAAGCGGAUCAUCUUUCAGCUGAGGAGCUUUCUACCUAACAACCUGUGUGGCACUUACCUCAUUUUUGAUUGAGCUGUUUGGAAAACAAGGCUCUGAAAAUGAAGAAGGUCACAUGCACUGCACCUGUUAACAUUGCUGUUAUUAAGUACUGGGGUAAAAGAAAUGAAGAUCUAAUAUUACCAAUAAACUCAUCUCUUAGUGUUACAUUGCACCAGGAUCAGUUGAAGACAACUACUUCUGCUGCUGCAAGUCGUGAGUUUACAGAAGAUCGGAUAUGGCUAAAUGGGAAGGAAGAUAAUAUAAAUCACCCUCGCCUGCAGUCUUGCCUACGUGAAAUCCGUCGCUUGGCCAGGAAGAGGAGAAAUGAUGCAGGGGAAGACACGGUUUCCAAAAUGCUUGCCUAUAAGGUUCAUAUAUGUUCUGUCAACAACUUCCCUACAGCAGCAGGGCUGGCAUCCUCUGCGGCUGGAUAUGCCUGUUUGGUGUAUACCUUGGCAAAGCUAUAUGGAGUGGAGGGGGAACUGUCAGAGAUUGCACGGCAAGGUUCAGGCAGUGCUUGCAGGAGCAUGCAUGGUGGCUUUGUACAGUGGAUUAUGGGAGAGAGAGAAGAUGGCAAAGACAGUCUUGCACAGCAGGUGGAACCUGAAACCCAUUGGCCAGAACUGCGUAUCCUAAUACUUGUGGCAAGUGCAGAGAAAAAACAUGUGGGCAGUACAGCCGGCAUGCAGACCAGUGUACAGACCAGUCCUUUACUCAAGAUCCGUGCUGAGACAGUGGUGCCUGGACGGAUGAAAGAGAUGAUAGAGGCUAUCAGGGAGAGGGAUUUUGAGGCUUUUGGCCAAUUGACCAUGAAAGACAGUAACCAGUUCCACGCAACAUGCCUGGACACGUUUCCCCCCAUCUUCUAUCUCAACCAAGUGUCACAGCGAAUCAUCAGCUUGGUACAUAGAUACAAUGCUCACUAUGGACAGACUAAGGUUGCAUACAGUUUUGAUGCAGGCCCUAAUGCUGUGAUUUUCACACUGGAGCCAACAGUCAAUGAGUUUGUGGAAGUUGUUAAACACUGCUUCCCACCAGAGACAAAUGGAGGCCCUUUCCUAAAAGGGUUGCCAGUGAUUCCAGCUCCACUUUCUCAGGAACUUUUGUCAGCUGUGGAAACCGAUUCAUGUCCUGGAGGAGUUCGAUAUAUCAUAAACACACAGCCUGGCCCUGGUCCAUUACAGUCAGAAGACCUCAACUUGGAUUUACUAGGAUCUGAUGGAAUGCCCAAGGAAAGUGUGUGAAAAAAAUUAAAAUAAGAAAAGACUAAUUUAUAAACAUCAGAGUGCCCUUUUGUACUUGUUCAAAUAUUCUGACAUCCAAAUGAGGCUGUGCUUCUCUUCCAAACGAACUGGCACUUCAGACUGUUGAAACAUUUCUGAACAAAAAUACAACCUAAAUCAAUGGAACAACCGUACCUCAAACAACAUUUAAGCCAGAAGUUUGUGAUAUCCUUGGCUGACAGUUUGUCUCUCAGGGAAAUAAAAUGUCUGUAUUCAUUUUGUUGUGAUGACGAAUACAAAAUUAGUAAAAAAAAAAAGAUUCAA